UACUGGGAAUUAUCAAACCGGUUAGUGCCGGACGGCACGCGCUGCGACAAAUUUUUUUGGAGUCGUAGUUAAGCGAUCAAGAAAUACUGAUUAUAUGCCAACAGUUCAGAUCCAGUCGGCCGUCGGACAACAUACAGGCAGUACUACUACUACUCUAAGUACUGCUAUUGCUACCGGUGGGACACCAUUGAUUUCAACAUCAAUUUUGGAUGAAGAUUUCACUCGUCGCCUGAUUGAAGCUGUGAAAGCGCAACCGUGUUUAUACAAUCCCAACCAUGAACAUUAUGGGAAUAAACAUUCUAGUGCGCAAUACAGAAUCCAAGUGUGGCAGAAACUACGUGUUGAACUGGGAUUCAAAGAUGACGCACAUGCGUUGCAAAUGCAGUGGAAAAGAAUACGUGAUCGGUACGUACGUGAACGGAGGAAACGACGAAAUGUUGAUUCGGGUGAAAAUAAUCAGGAUUCCCUUAUCACUGGUCGUGAACGUCAUGCAUCAGGUAGUUCUAACUGUUCCUCUUCAAGCAGUGCCGUUAACGUGAACACAUCACUUUCUUCACAACAGUUCACCGAAAUGAUGCGAUGGAUCGAACCGUUUUUAGUUGAUAACAUGAGUAGUCUUCACUCUACAUCUAUGGGUGCAGUUACAAGCUCUUCAAAUGUACAACGUAGGCAGAUUCAGAAUCUCACUUCGCAACAAUCAAACAGUAGUCAAGAAGCGCCAGGCGGGAGAAUGCAGCCUAGACUUGCUGCUAUUCUGAAAUGUCGUUUUGAUGGUGCAAUAACAAUGGCAGCACUUAGGCAAAUGAACUGCAUGCGUCAAAAUGGUAGUAGCACCCUAGCGGUGAUUGCGCCAACAGGAGUCAGUAAUACUGGAACAUAUUUUGUACAUUGCAACCUUAACGUCAAACAAGAAGCUUCUAGUCAAGGAACAUCUAUUGGUCCUACAGAAGGUGUGACCGUAAGCAGUUAUCAACAAACCAGUCAGCUUCAAAUGGUAAACACACAAGUUUCAUGUGAAUAUAACACUCUGCCAGACCAUGGAUUGUCGAAUGGUUCAAAUGGCGACAGAAAUACGAAUGCUAUUUCAACGUCUGCCACAGAUAACGGAAGUCCAUGUUCGUCGACAGCAAGUAGUGAAAUAGACGUUGGAACAUCCGUAGCGGCAACUUCACAUUCUAAUCAACAGCAAGUUGUUUUACAACAGCGUCAACGGCAAUCUCUAAGUCAGCACCCCUCGAGCAUGGUUGUACUGACUGCCAUUCAGUCGCAGCAGGUGGCAUCAUCUCAACAACAGCAACAACAACCCAUUUUGUUACCUAAAGUAGAACCAAGAUCAAAAAUAGGACAGCAGUUACAAACGGCUGAUGGCGGAGUGGUAACAGUUACUGCAAGAGGUGUGGCACCGGUAGCUGGUGUGAUUAAGAAGGAUGUUAAUGUCAGAACAAAUGAUGGAGGUACGGUCACAAUGAUCAUUGAUCCGACAACUUUUUACCAGCACGGGUCACAAAAAAUGUAUCGGUUAGUAAAUGUAUCAGAGUUGAAUACCGAUGCAGUAUCCUCGAAUAACGGCAUGUCAACAGUUUGUGGUGAAUUAAAAGUAGUGGGUGUUCCACAACGUAGAAAACGUGUUGCUGCGGUUAGUGUGCAAGGAAUGUCAAGUGGUCGUGGACAGUUAGGAGACGAAGUUGUUCUGGAUGAUGGAAUUUCCGAAAAAACUGUUACCAUUGAUCAAGGGACGAUACCGGGGAAUGAGAAGAUAGUUUUGGAUCAACGUCCUACUACUGCAGUUGCAGGAGGCACAAAUAUAGUCUUGGGUCAUAGUGUACAACAGCAGAUGCAUCAGCAGCAGGCUCCGAACAGCUCGCAUUCACAUCCCGGAAUUUCCGUUUCACCGCAACGUGCGACCGUAUUGGCAACAUCUCAUGCUGCUCAGAUGGGAUUACAGCAAACUUCCUCGAUACCGCUGCGACAACAGGCUGGGCAUCGAUUCGUGACACAAGCUGUUUCAGUGGAGCAUCCACACUAUGCCAUAUUACCAAGCCAGUCAUUGCAUGAAGAACAUGAUGCUAAUCUUGCAUUUGCCAAUUCAAUAGCUAAUUAUUUGUCUAGAUUAAAUGAAGAUGAGAAGGCAGUGGCGAAAAUGAAUAUUCAGCGGAUACUUAUGGAUGCACGAUUUGGUUUAGGUGCUUGCGCACGAAUGAUUCAUGAUGAAGAAUUGAAUGAAGCUGCUGCUGCAGCUGUGGUGAGCACCGCUUCCCAUGAUGUUGUUUCGACACGACAGCACGAUACGCAUGAAAGACGUAAUUCCUGAAUCAUCCGCGAACAGUAGAAUACGAACUUUGGGGACUACCAGAAAAUCACUUUAGAGAAACUUAAAACUCGAAAAUACUGUACUUUACCUUAUAUCUCGUUUUAUUUCCUAUGCCUCUUCAGUUUAUUUAGAAAUCUGCGACACUGCCUUGUUUUUGCUUUAUAGACAUGUCAUAUUUGUUGCUAUUUUGCUUGCAGCAAUUGUACAGUGUUUUGGAAUGAUUGCUCCCCCAUUUAAAUAAUUCUCGGCAAUUGUUUUAACUAUUUAGUCCAUCUUUCAAGCCAUUCCAGAAAUCUUUUUGAAGAACUAAUUCUGGUUCCUUAACAGUAUGCUGAAUGCUGAACCCCACAGUCUACCAGGGCCAGAACUUACUGUGCUUUUUUUUUGC